GUUUCUUCAAGAAUUCGUCCGGUAGAACGGGGACAAUGACAAUAAAAGCACACUCUUCAUUAACAUGACCCGACCAUUACGGUCGCCAUUCCAUUCCGGGAAAGCCAAUGACCCAGAUGCUUGUAAGAUUAUCUAAAGCUAAAAAUUUAAGAUGUCAUCAUGACGAUGUGUACCUGAGUUAGUCAUAGAGCGAGUCAUGUCUAAAAUUCACCAUACCCAUAGCAACGCAUACUCAAAUACGGUUCCAGAUUGCCAAGAUUAACAUCAUUCCGUAUUCUGGCUGUAGCUGAAAAUGCCGGUGAUUCCAUGGGUUAUCAGGGUGGGAGACCAUCCUGGUUCGUCUGCUGAGGAGAUCGCCAAUGAACCCGACUGGGAUUCGCGCCAUCCUCAUCAUAUCGGCUUUAAAGACGAAAACCGCGUUGCCGGUAUUACUCAUAGGAACGAUGAUUACGACGAAGAAAUUAGCGAAGCCAAAGAGCAAUGGAAAGAGUUGAAGAAAGAAAAGAAGGAAGGUGAACUCUUGAACUUCAGGGAUAUCAUCACUCAUCAGAAGGAUAUUCAUUUAGAGCAUCCCGAGAACCACCCUGUCGGAUGGCGUUAUGUACUAGAUGCCAGCGAAGACUGGGUAAAGAACACUGAGGAGUGGCCCGCCAAUAUCAAAAGGCGUCAAAAAGAGGAAGAGGAGAAGGCGAAGAAAGAUAAGGAUAGCGAUUCAAAAGAUGAUCCACGCCAGGAGCAUGAAUGGAAAAGAUCUCAAGGGCAGAGUAAUCAACACCAUGCUGCGUAUUCGGCGGAUUCCGAUAGUGGGUAUGACUCGGGAAGUGGGAAGGGAGACGAAGAACGCAGCGACAGCGAAUCUCAAAGCGACAAGAAUUCGACUGAACCUAAAUAUUCUCCACAAGAACAAGCGCUCCUGAAGGCGUUGAAUCAUGAGAAAGAAUAUAUCUCAAAACUUAAAGCUAAUGAUGGAAAAGGCGAGUCACCUCAGAAUCGCAAUCGGACUCAGACCUCAAUUGAUGAGCAAGACCAGUUCAGCCCCGAUAAUUGGCUUCCUAGGUCUUCGGACCUCACGAGGUUAACUGGAAAACAUCCAUUAAACGCGGAAGCUGACCUGAGUCACCUCUUCGAUGCCGGACUGAUCACACCAAACGAGCUUCACUACGUCCGAAACCAUGGCGCAGUACCUCGACUAUUAUGGGAGUUCCAUAAGAUCGAUAUCGAUGGCGGCAAGCUUGUGUUAUCCAUGGACGAUCUAAAAAAUAAUUACUCCCCUAUCAAUAUUCCUGUUGCAUUAGCGUGCGAUGGAAACAGGCGUAAAGAGCUCAACAUGUUACGCAAAAGCAAAGGUUUCAACUGGGGACCCGGUGCCGUCAGUUGCGCGUACUGGAAAGGCCCUCUCCUGUUAGAUGUUUUGAUGUCGGCGGGGAUCAAGCCUGAUCUCUCAGGUGAUUCCGGAAAACGACUAUGGAUUCAUUUCGAGGGCUCUGACAAGCCAAGCGAAGGAGCAUACGCAACUUCUAUACCAUUUGAAUACGCCAUGGAUCCUACUAACGACGUAAUUCUCGCAUACGAGAUGAAUGACUUACCGCUUCCCCCCGACCAUGGGUAUCCGGUUAGGCUCAUGAUCCCCGGGUACAUUGGUGGUCGGUGUGUUAAAUGGCUCGGCAAGAUCUGGAUCAGCGACAAGGAGAACGAUUCGUAUUACCAUAUCUGGGAUAAUAGGGUUCUGCCAGGCUUCAUAACUGAGAAAGACGGCGAAUUUGCGGAAACUCUUUUUCAACAUCCUGACACGGCCUGCAAUGAGCAGAAUUUGAAUUCGGUAGUUGUGAAACCUGCCCACGGAGAGAAAAUCUCCUUAACCGAAGCUCGGAAAGGUCACGGUUAUCGUAUAGCAGGUUACGCUUACGAUGGAGGAGGACAUGAAGUUCAACGUGUCGAGGUUUCGCUUGAUGAGGGAGACACUUGGCUGUACUGCAUCAGGAAAUUUCCGGACUUUCCUAUUCGCCAUGGGAAGAAGUUCUGGACGUGGCUCCAUUGGCACGUCGAUGUCGAGCUAUCACACCUACUCCGAGCGAAAAGUAUUACAGUACGUUGCUUUAACGUCUUCAAAAACACCCAACCGAAACAGCCUAACUGGAACAUAAUGGGCAUGAUGAAUAAUUGUUGGUAUAUCGUACGGCCCGAAGUUGUUGAGAAUGAUGACUCCGAUGUCCCUUCUAUCCUUUUCCGUCACCCGACCGAGCCAGGCACUGGAGACGGAGGUUGGAUGAAGCCUAGUGUGGAGAACCAAUUGAGUGCUGCUAAGCAAGAAGCUGGUACACCCCAGAAACAAUUCACUAGGCAGGAGGUAGAAAAGCAUGAUAAUGAGCGUGACUGCUGGAUUGUAGUGGACGGAAAAGUAUACGAUGCAACGAGUGUCCUGGAAUGGCAUCCAGGUGGGAAAGCCGCUGUGCUUGGACACGCCGGUAAAGUCCACCAACAGACCUCUGACGAAUUCGCGAGUAUUCAUGAUGAUUAUGCGUUUCAAAAGCUUAAAGAAUGUGCCAUCGGCGUGCUUACCGACAAGGCAAUGAAAUUCGUCGAGAAGACGGCCGAAGACUCGGCCAAGGAGCAAGUCAACGACAAGGGCGAAGACCAACUCGUUUUGCAAAGACAUCGCUGGGUCCCGGUGAAACUUGUCGACCGCCAGGAAGUCUCCAAAGACACACGAAUAUACACAUUCGGUCUUCCAGACAAGAAAACCGUUCUCGGACUAGGCACCUGCCAGCAUCUCCAAAUCGGGUUCCAUAUGAAAGACCGCCUGCUUAUUCGAAGUUACACGCCCACAAGGCCGAUCCUCCCGGCGCGAAGGGACACUUCAAAAUCUACCUGCGACGACAGGAAUGGUACUAAUAAAACUGAUAAGGGCGAACGCGAUAUGCGUGACGGUGAUGGUACCUUUGAUUUAACGGUCAAAACAUACUUCCCAGACGAGAACCAGCCAGGCGGCGCUCUAUCUAACAUCCUCGACUGUCUGCGCAUAGGGGAACCCGUCGAGCUGCGCGGGCCCACGGGCGAAAUCCUGUAUAACGGAAGCGGGCGGUUUUCGAUCGAGGGACAAGAACGACGUUUUGAGCGUGUGUCGCUUGUCCUCGGUGGUUCGGGUAUUACACCAGGAUAUUCGCUAAUCGCAAGAGUCCUGUUAUCGCAAGACGAUAAAACGAAAAUACGUGUUGUCGAUGCUAAUAAGACUGAGGACGAUAUACUGCUUAGGGACGAACUAGAUAAAUUUGAGAAAAAGUCGAAGGGUCAGCUAAAGGUAGCGCAUGUGUUGAGCCAUGCCGGGGACGACUGGACGGGUUUGAAGGGACAUGUUGAUGAGAAUAUUAUUAAAGAGAAUCUCUUUGGGCCUGGCGAGAAAUCCGUGGUUUUCUUGUGUGGACCCCCGGCUAUGAUACAGAAAGCGGCGCUGCCGGCGUUGAAAGAUUGGGGUUACACUGAGGAUGAGAAUAUGUUUGGAUUUUGAGAUUUGUUGUCUUUUGUUAGGGUAUUGCGACCACUCGAAAUGUAUGGGCAUAUUCGUCUAGCACUUGGCAUUGAUGCUGUCUACCUAGAUAUUUAUAAUUGGCACACUAUCUAGGCAAGUAAUGUACUGUUCUAUGUAAUUGGAUAUCUUUUUAUGAAUCAUUCUUUUGGCUACUUAAGAGAUAGUCAAAUUCUCAAACUCGAACG